AUGCAUGGUGGUUCUUGGAGUGGUGGUAACAAUAAACAAUUGCCAGAACUCAACAGUCAUCUAGCACAAGCCGGUUAUCAUUGUGCAGCUAUUAAUUAUCGUUUAGUUCCACAAUGGAAAUGUCCUGCUCCAAUAGAAGAUACUGCUGCUGCCUUAACCUACUUACGUCAACAUGCCGAUGAAUUGAAUAUUGAUCGAAAUAAUUUUAUAUUACUUGGUCGAUCAGCUGGUGCACAAACAGCAUUAUUAGCAGCCUACACACUUUAA